AUGGGAGAAGGGGGCUACAAGCAGAUCAACAAGUCAUUGAACAUUUGCGCAUUCGAUGACUAUCUCACAAUACAGCAAUCGAUACUCCCUUCGUUGGCCGACGUGGAACAGUUGACUCCUAGGGUUAUCCGCAUACUAGGCCAAAAUCCUGGAAAGUUCACACUGCAGGGUACAAACACAUAUAUUGUCGGCACUGGGAGUCAGCGUCUAAUCAUCGACACUGGACAGGGCUUUCGAGAAUGGGCCGAUUUGAUCCUGGAAACGCUUCAACAGCACAACAUUACUCUCUCCCAUGUGCUGCUCACGCAUUGGCACGGAGACCACACAGGCGGAGUACCAGAUCUGAUUCGAAUGGAUCCUAGCCUUGGCAAAUCGAUAUGGAAGCACUCUCCUGAGGGUACUCAACGAUCCAUCGAAGAGGGUGACAAGAUCCAGGUAGAGGGCGCUACACUCCGGGCUGUGCACAGCCCAGGGCAUUCGCACGAUCACAUGUGUUUCGUGUUGGAAGAAGAGAACGCCAUGUUCACUGGAGACAAUAUCCUCGGUCAUGGGGUAUCAAGUGCCGUCGAAGAGCUCAGUACUUAUAUGAAUACUCUUCACAAGAUGCGAUCGCAAAAUUGUGGUGUAGGAUACCCAGCUCAUGGGGCUGUCAUUCCUAAUUUGCGAAUCAAAAUCUCCGCAGAACUAGCAAGGAAGACUCGACGCGAAAAGCAGUACCUGUUGGCGCUGCAGCAAAUCAAGAAGGAAAGAAUGGCAGCCAGACAAGCCGUUGGAGUCACUGUCGAAGAGCUCGUUCUGAUUCUGCACGGUAUGAAUAUUGACGCGGAGGUCAGAAAGAUGGCGCUUGAGCCUUUCGUGGAAGAAGUGUUGCGAAAGCUGGCGGAAGACGGGAAAGCUGCAUUCCAGAUACGCGGAGGUCAGCGAUUGUGGUUUUCAUUAGAUAUUUCGUGA